AUGGUUUCAUUUCUUAUUCUCAAACAAACAUUAUCAUUGAUUAGAUUUACUACUACUACUACUACUACUACUACUACUACUACUACUACUACUACUACUACUACUACUACUACUACUACUACUACUACUACUACUACUACUACUACUACUACUACUACUACUACUACUACUACUACUACUACUACUACUACUACUACUACUACUACUACUACUACUACUACUACUACUACUACUACUACUACUACUACUACUACUACUACUACUACCACUACUACUACUAUUACUGCCGGAAGAAAAUCUACAAAUUUAUUAUUUUAUAUUAGUUACAUUGUUAAGGUGUUCACUAUGGAUGAAGAUUAG